AUGUCUGCACCUAAAGAUAUCGAGGACUUCAACUCUCAAGUGAAGAGGACAAGUGACAGGAUCAACGGCAACUCCGCGUCCGUGUCGAGUGCAAACGCGGCUGCUUCGACGCAAGGAGAAACCACAUCCGUAGGCUUAUCCAACAUCAACAUGACCUCCCAGACCCAAGCUGCCAUCGCUAAGGGGAAAGGAUUGAAAGGGAAGAAAGGGGGUAGCCAAUCCACUUUGUCUAAGGAUCAACCUGCGGGAUCCAGCCCUGCCCCACCGACUAUCAGCGAACCUGCGGGAUCCAGCCCUGCCCCACCGACUAUCAGCGAACCUGCGGGAGCAAACCUAGACGAUGGUCAACCCUUGUCAGGGAAGGAAACGUCCAACCCAGCCAACCCCGGCGGAGAGUCUGGAAACAAAGCAGCAUCCUCAGCAAAUAGCUCCGGAGGUUCCACCAUACCGGCGACGGCUGCCGUUUCAAGACCUCUUGUCAAUCCCGCGCAAGGUGUACCGGCACCUCUUAUUGCGGCAGAAGUGAUAAAUAAAACUGUUGUGAAUGGCACAUCAUUGCCAUCAGUUUCAUCCGCUGCUGCCCAUCCGAAGUUUAUGGCAGGUACUAGUACCAUCCUGAAUCGGAUAGACGAAUGUUUGCCUGACGCUAUUAAGACAUGGCUUCAGUCCUGUGGCUUCGAUUUGGUAGUGUUGACUCCAGGAGGUACCUCAAAGGAAACGGCAGAACCCACACCUAACACUCAGAAUGCCCCAGCAUCCCGCGGCCAGAAUGCAUCUUCCGAAGCGGCCGAAGAGUCCUUGAGUCCUGAUGUGGCAGACACCAGUCUAGCAGGUCACAAUCUUGCUGCAGCGACCUUGUCCGAGUCUGCAAGUGUGACACCAGGAUCAGCCGCGAUUCCGGCUAAACGACCGUCCACGACACAGCUUGGGCCUUUUGAUCUCACUGUUGACGAUGAUGAAGAAGUGGUCAAAGACAAACCAAACUCCAACAAAACCAUCAAGUUUAGUGAGGAAGGCAUUGAGUCUCAUGGCCUGGUUUCCUUAUCGAAGUUCUUUGCUACCAAGAUGGCGACGUUAGACGCAUACAUCCCCCUUUCCGUGUUUAACACCCAAUGGUUGAGACAAGACCUACUUCAGCAAUCUACACUCCGUAAACGUUCGGUGAAGGAGAAGUUGGAAGAUACGUACAUCGGUCUCACUGUUCCUAUCGAAUGGAAAAUGACAUUCGGUGAAUGGGUGGUUGUGUUCGACUUGUUUAUCGCUUAUCUGGAAUACUACAAGUGGAAAGAACUGGCAGUUAAAUUCAGAAGCCACAAGGAGAAUGUGUAUGCGAUCAAACGAGAAAAUUCGAACUGGCCGGUUGCAUUCCGUUACGACCUAGCUGUACGAACCGCGGUGAUGACCUUUCGUUUACCGGACGGGUCAGUCGCCAACCCUGCUAUACGAGAUGGUCGCCUUGAACGCGAAGCAGUUAGGGAAACCAAGAGGUUAAAGGACUUCUUGCCCGCCUUCAAGGAGAUUAAUCCUUAUGCGGAUGGAGAGGCCAAAGCCUUCGUAGACCCAAUCACUGGGGUAGAUAGCCGCUCUAGCGGCCUGGGAGGAAAUCAAUCCUUUAACCGACCGACGCCACGCUCUCACAGCUUCUCAAACCAUCACUCUUACAACAACUUGCCGGUGUAUGAUGGCCCAGGAGGUUCUGCGCCUAACAACUUUGACGAUAGAAGGCAAGCGUUCAGAAGUGGUCAUGCCAGAGGCCGCAGAGGAAGCUGGAACGGUGGAAACCAUGGUGCGAGGGCAGGGAGCCCUAGUCGCCGCCGGGAGAAUUGGCGAAGAGACCGUGAUGACCGUCGAGGUGAUGCAAGAGAUAAUGCUGGACCUGCUGGGAGGCAAAUGUAA